ACCCCUCCGAUUUAUGUUGGCCAAGGCUGAGAAUAGAACUGGAGUCAGGUUCCUAUACAGAGAGAGGAAGGCUGUGCAGGAGGCAGCUAGACAGACAAGAUUAGAUUAAAAACAGAGAAGGAGCAUUCCAAUAAAACAGGUAGUUUACAUGACAAGGAGAGACAUAGGAGAUAGGCAUUAUAAGGAGGUGCCUAGGAGUGUUCCUGGCCUUGUCCUUCUGAGACAGCAGUUGUGCCUGCAGAUUUGAUCUGAAUCCCACUUGCUCCUUCCUAGCAGGAUGAUCAACGAUCAAUACCUGAUUGAGUGUAAACUGGACCCAGAAGACUCUCAUGCACGGGAGCCAGGAACCAACACCCUCUUGCAGUCCACUGUUGACAUCCCACCUAAAGUGGACUCCCGGGAUCCACGUGGGAUCAACCAGCACCUCAAGCUCGAAUUCUCUGACAUCCUUGGCGAGCCUUCCUCGUUCCGCAGCUUUGACCGGGUUUGGACCUGGAGCGACAUCAUCUUUGAGAGCUCCCGCCUCUGGUGCUAUCGGAUCAUCUCACUGCUGUGUGCUGUGCCUGUCUCCUUACUCUCCGGUUUCCUCUUUGCCUGCUUGGGCUGCUUCCACAUCUGGUGUGUGAUGCCCUGUAUCCAGCUGUGCACAAUGGCAAUGCCUCCAGUCCGCACCUUGUGGGCCAGCAUCCUGGAUGUCCUGGUGGCCCCACUCUGCACCAGCUUAGGACGCUGCUGCAGUGCCAUCUACCUCACCGUGACACAGAAGUGACAAAGGGUCCCCUCCCCUGCAGCAUCAGCUACAAAGACUCUCUUUCUUCCCAUCUCAUUCAGACCCACAUUGACCAUGUUUGAUUUCACAGAAAGAGGCCUUUUCACCUCAGGAUGAAAAAGUGGAACCGGCACAAGGGAAGAGGGCAGAUGGAAUGAAAAAUGGGGAGACUAGCAACUGAGGGAAAUGGGGAAGGUGUGAAAUCAUAUUCCCAAAUUUUAUUCUCCUCUUUCCUUGAACUAAAUCUGUAGCAUGGACUUCAGAAAGGGGUUCCUGAACUUUACUCCCCAUUCAGGAGCUGGAGACACAAAAGCCUGAUUCCUAACACCACCCUCCUCAAUUCCCUAAAAUUAUCAUCAGUUUAGCCACUAAAUGAUAUCUGGAAAGCUGUCUAACCCUAUACUGCCCAUAUAAGAAUCAUCUCAAGGAAGCAAAAGGGAAAAGCCUUCUAACAUGGCAAAUUGUGGGUGGGAUAGCCACAGAGCAACUGGGGAAACUCCAUAUCCAGCACGGAUUUCCAGGAAAAAACAGUAUUAUAAUUGUGAGUGCCAACCUCCACCAUCUCCAAACUCUCCUAGACAAUAACAAUAGUUGGGGUUUUGAAUUAUGUUAAUCCCUCCCUUCCCAUUUAAUAAAAGAAACAAAAUUGUUCUCCUUC